AUGGUGUAUAAUUUUGGGUUAACAGCCAGCCAGGAGCAAAUUGUUGUGACAGAGGGCCGUGCAGGACAACAGGCGCUGCUGCAGGAGUUUACCAAGUCAAGAUACGGUGGCACCCACGUCUCUGCAGCAAGACCGAAUUUAAGCGUGGCCAGAAGGGUGACCAAGACUCCAGACCCUCAGACAGAGGCUCAAGCUACAGUGCCUGAUGUAGCAGUGUGUGCCUCUGUGUCGACUGAGUCCAGGACAGCACCACAACACCUUGGGCCUGCAUCAGCACCUCUGCUGCCCCGUUUGUGGUCAGAGGGAUUGCCACCUGAAGACCACAGGUGGAUUUCCAAGGUGCUGUUCAGGUUGGGGUCCAAGGGGAAGCUGGAGCUCCAGGACAACCUGAAGCUCUGGUAUCAUCCACCUCAGCCAAGCCAGCUGUACCACCAGGCCCCUGCUCCGGACCGCUUUUUUGCCCACCCACUGCUUGUUUGGAUGCCAUACAAGCUGUGGAAGGUGAGGGUGGUCUGUCCUAACCCCGCUUGUGGGCAGCAUCAGCUGACUGGGGCAGGGCUGCACAAGAGGUCACGACGGGUCUUGGACGUGGACAGGACCUACAACAUGGUGACGGAGACUCUGACCUGCACCAAAUGUAGAGCCUCCCAUGUCUCAUGGAGCCAGACUGUCCUCAUGCAGCUGGACUUGGCUCACAGGUUUGCCUGUGAUAUUCGGGUGAUCCGGCUGCUGCGGGAGAGAGGCCUGGGCAACAGCCCUACGCGGCUGUUAAAACAGCUGAAGGAAAACCACACGGAGGAGUGGCUGAACCGUGUGGCUCGGUACACAACCGAGUGCGUGGCCUUCCUCCAGCGCCCCGGACUGUUGCCCAUGAACUUUCCUGAGCCACCUGAGCCUUCUGUGGUGCCAAGCUGCAAGUGGCUCCUGUCUGUGUACAGCCAGGAUAUAUUGACAAGGCUGGAUGACAUCAAGGCCAAGCUGACAUCCACGCUUGGCACCAUCUUAAAGAUGGAUUCAACCAAGAAGAUCACUAAGAAGCUUGCCGGGACAGCCAAGGGGACAGCACUCUGGCUCACCUCCGUGGGCAAUGAGUAUGGGCAGAUACUCAUGAGUGUGCUGACCGCUCAGGAGGGAGCUGGACUGGACCCGAUGGCAGCUGACCUGGUGAGGAGGUACCAGCAGGCCGGCGUGGAUCCCCCUGUUGCCCUUUACGUGGACUGUGGCUGUUGUGCUGGUGCAGCUGAGGACACCAAGCUGAAGGCCAGAUUCAGCGGGUGGCCAGACCUCAUUGUUAGGCUGGAUAUCUGGCACUUCAUGCGCCGGCUGGCCCUGGGAUGCACAACAGAUGCACAUCAGCUGUACCCACUCUUUAUGUCUCGCCUGUCAGCUUGCAUUUUUGAGUGGGAUGCAGCUGACUUAGCUCUGUUGCGUGAAGCAAAAUCCCAGCAGCUUCAGUCCCAGGGCCUGUCAACCCUUGAUGUUGACCGCCAUUUGUCGAGGGAGGAAUUGGCUCUCCAUUGCCGGCGGAGGACCCGUGGGGAGGACACCACUACUGAGGUGCUGGAGGGGCUACUGCGGGCACUCAUGGGGGACCGUGGCAACGACUCCCUCGGCGUUCCUCUGCUCGAUACAGAGAGGAUGGAGCACAUUUGGCGGGUCCAGAGGAAGCAUGUGAAGUGCAUCCAAGACCCGCCAGGUGUAGCUCUGUACACAAAAACAGGGGAGCUGACCAAGGGAGGUGUGCGGCUACCUAUGUUCCGGUGUGCCAGAGGCUCUACGUCCUUGGAGUCUUUCCAUUUACACCUAAACAGAUUCAUACCAGGGACUAGUGCCAAUAGCUUAAACUUCCAAGUUUACCUGCUGGAAGGACUACACAGGUGGAACCAGGACCGUGGUGGUGCUGCCCUGUGUACAGGACCAUCUGCUCUGCGCAGUUACUCAGGGGACCUGCUUACCUGCGUGAAUAGUAACUUUGAGAAGCUGUUCGGCAGGAAAGUGGCACCAGAGUUCUGCCCACCAUCACGUUACACUGGUGAGCUCAUAGGGGUGCAGUAUCUGUUCCGGCAGACUGGUCAGGCACUGCAGGAUAUGCACCCUGAUUCAGAGGUGACAGCUCAGCUCAUUGAAGAGCAUGAUGUGGAGGAUGACGUGGGGGAAGAUGAGGGCUUCUCUGACCUCAUAGAAGACCCCACACUGCUGGACAUAGAGGCUCCUGAUACACCAACCCUGGCCCCUGGCAGAACCACUCUGGCCCCUCACACUGAAGAAGCAGAGAAUCGUUACGUAAUUAAUCAUUUAAAAUGA